AUGUGGCAUACCACCGGGGCCGAGGGCUUCGUAAGCAGCGGGUUGUCAUCCGCAGAAGAAGAGCGCUCGCAAGGAGGCGCGUUCGUUCCGAAGUCACACUCGAGUAGCCGUCGUCUCUCAACCAAGUCCAGGACGUCUCGCAAGUCCGCCAUCAGCGACGACGCCAGGUCGGACGCCGCGGCAUCCCCACCGGCGGGAUGGGCCACCAGUCAUGCUCCCGCAGAGAACAUCGCUGCAGCGGCAGCGACCGCUGCAACCGCCGCCACUGGCGACGACGACAUCUUCCUGCCCGAACUGCCGGAGAUGGGCGGCAAGGACGCACAACCGCCGACCCCUCCGCACCCAAACAUGGACGUCUUCUCCCGGGAGCAUUCUUCCAUGAUCGCGGUCGCCGAACCUGUGGGCGCAGCGCUGACGCCCGUCGGCGCCUCUGGUCAGAUCACGCCUGACGUGAUGCACUCUCCGACCGGGGCUUGUAAGGCGCCCGCUCCGAUGAAGCCGAACCUGGACGUUUCCUCGCGCGAGCGCUCGCCCUGCGUGCCUGCCUCGCCACACAAGGCUCCUCCGCUGCCGCCGCCACAAGACGAGACGUGA